AAUGGUCCACCACUCAAAAGACAAUUUGACACAACUGUGGGACUGUCCUCAUAUACACAUUAUGACAUAAUAAAGAGCUUAAUCUUUCACGAAAUAAAGACAUAGAAGCAUACCCAAUUAUACAGGUUCUACACAUUCCAUUUCUCCAUGGCAAUAGAAUGUAAACGUUCUAUUUUGCACCAAACAUCGCCUACAACUCAAUUCUAAGUGCAGCAUAUUGGACGACAACACACUCAUUGAUCAUUUGCAACUUUAAGUCAUUCCUGUUAUCUCUAGAGCAUCCCGUAUAUCUAUAGCGCUGCAUUUCUUCCCCAUCUUUCCAUGGAUAGGGUUUGGUGCAUUCCGGAGUUCACUUAUGGUCCCACAAAGGAAUUCUGUAGAAGCAGCCUUUAUUUUCAGACUCUGCAGGCCUGCUGGGAGGAAACAUAUUACAAUAAACAGAAGAAGGUCAUGGUCACUUAUCUGCUGCUCCAGAGUCAAGGCCAGGUCCCGCCCCAUGUCACCACGGAGCACAUGAGCAACUGGCUGGUGUCUCAGGGCCAAAAAUCCCUUAGGGAGAGGGUGUGGAAGGAAACCCUGGAGGAGGGAAACGACCUCGCUCGGCUGGCCUGGGAAGUAAACACUUGCCUAAAAAUGAUGGACAUAGAGCACGAGGCUUUCUGCAAGCUCCGCCGCUCCAUGCACUCCACCUCGCCAGCUGACAUCGAUCCUAAAGUCCACAGCAUCGUGGAGAGAGCUGUGAGGAGCAUUCUGGGCGUGCAGUCCAAUGAGCCCCUGCUCAGCCCAUCUCAGGUGGUGGUGGAGGUGGUGCCCAGGCUCCUCCUGGCCCUGUGGCUUCAACCAGAGGAAGGCCAUUCAGAGCACCCAAUCCUAAUAAGCGGGAUGGCCGUGGGCAUGGUGGCGGCCGUAGUGGAGAAGCUCUCCUGCAUGUUAAAGGACCCUUCCCCUCACAUCCCUUUCUCUCGGGCUGCUGCUUUUGACUCUGUGCGGUCGAUCCUCGGGAGAAUCAGUCAGUCCUUCUCCACCGAUGACCUCCAGAGCCCUUUUUAUAUGAGCUCUGUCUGUGCCUUUGUGGCGAACGAGGUUCAGAGCCGCUUCCAGCCCCCUGCAUCCACCCUACCAGUCCCCCCUGUCCUCCCGGUGGCUGUCUCCACUACACGACCAGCUGACAUCCAAGCAGACCCAGCGUCUUCCCACCUGAAUGUUGUGGACAUCACCACUAACACAGAGGCAGAUCCGGCUUCUUUCCACCUGGAGAUUGUGAAAGUCACCCCUAACACAGAGGCAGACCCGGCUUGUUCCCACCUGGAGGUUGUGGACAUCACCCCAAAAACAGACGCAGACCCGGCUUGUUCCCACCUGGAGGUUGUGGACAUCACCCCAAAAACAGACGCAGACCCGGCUUGUUCCCACCGGGAGGUUCAAGACAUCACCCCAAAAACAGAGGCAGACCCGGCAUCUUCCCACCUGGAGGUUGUGAACAUCACCCCUAACACAGAGGAAGACCCGGCUUCUCUCCACCUGAAUGUUGUGGACAUAACCCUUAAUACAGAGGCAGAUCCGGCUUCUCUCCACCUGAAUGUUGUGGACAUAACCCUUAAUACAGAGGCAGAUCCGGCUUCUUCCCACCUGAAUGUUGUGGACAUCACCCCUAAUACAGAGGCAGAUCCGGGUUCUUCCCACCUGGAGGUUCAAGACAUCACCCCAAAAACAGAGGCAGGCCCGGCUUCUUUCCACCUGGAGGUUGUGGACAUCACCCCUAACACAGAGGCAGAUCCGGCUUCUCUCCACCUGAAUGUUGUGGACAUAACCCUUAAUACAGAGGCAGAUCCGGCUUCUCUCCACCUGAAUGUUGUGGACAUAACCCUUAAUACAGAGGCAGAUCCGGCUUCUUCCCACCUGAAUGUUGUGGACAUAACCCCUAACACAGAGGCAGAGCCGGCUUCUUUCCACCUGAAUAAUGUGGACAUCACCCCUAACACAGAGGCAGAGCCGGCUUCUUUCCACCUAAAUAUUGUGGACAUCACCCCUAAUACAGAGGCAGAGCACAACCUCCCUCUUGGAGGUUGUGGACGUCACACCUGAAGAAAGGACUCUCACGAUGGCCGUCUUCACCACUCUGCCAGCUGACAUCCAAGCAGAGGAUGUUGCUGUGGUCAUCCCGGAUGUCACCCCACACGUAACCAAGGACGUGACACUGGAUGUUCCAUGUAGAGCUAGGAAAGGGGCAGUCCGGCGAUUAUUUUGCAGGCUUUGGAGGGCAGUGUGCUGCUGCGCCUGCUACAAGGAAGAGGAGGAACAAUAUUAAUUAUUUAUCAGACAUUCAGAAGUGGGAUUGAACCAUAGACCAUUAAAUUAUUCGCAUUAUAAUUGGACUCAAUUCUGCUUUUCUUCUGUUUACUACUUAAUUUCAGAACUUUUCUAUAAACUUUCACUAUGCAAGUGUGGAGUAGGUUUUAUAAAUAAGUGGGAAACAUCCCAAUUUUAAUGCUUUUAAUAAUUUACUUUGUACAUUUAAAAAAAAAAUACGUUGAGUUUCGGUGCAACCAAAAAUUUGAAUCAUCAUUGAAAAGGAAAAAGCACUACUCUUGCUCACUAUAAAAAAAUGCAUUGUUUUAUUCAGGCAAGGUUAAAAGAUUAACGUUUCGGCCUAGUCUAUGACGAUAUCGAAGUUGUGUUUGCCCAGUAAAAGGGUUACCCAGACUCACCCUGGUUCUUGAGGUUGAAGACAGUGAAAAAUUAUCAUUAAGUAAAUGGGACUUUUUAAUUCUUGAAUAAAAAUCUUUAAUGAACAUGAAUUUAAAUACAAUUGACUUGAGGUUCAGAGCAGGCAGGCUGACUGGCUAGCCCUGAAGGCCCUCUGCCUCUACCUCUGUGUGGUUCAUCUCAACCAAGAGGUUGUGUGGGUUGUCUUUCUCUCUGGGGGUGUGAAUCACUAUGACCUCUCCAUCUGCCUGCCAUUUGGCUGAUCAGAAGCCUUCUGCUCUUUCUUGCUCACAUGAACAGGAGGAAUGGCCUCUGGGGUAACCUCCUCCUCUAUCUAAUGCCUCUUCCACCUCCUCUUUCUGACUGUGUUCAACUGAGGUCACUCGUUCUCUCUCUCUGGGUGUUGGAUAGUUCCUCCUCCUCUGUGUCUUUGUGAACGGAACGGCGUCAGACUGAUAGAAACUUCACUGUGAAGGAGUGCCAGCCAGUCC